GGAACAAUAACAACCGAACACCAGCUUCCGCAAUAUCCGGUGUUUAGGUAACUUGCAUGAGAAGUACAAAUGCAAAUAAUACGAGCGACAUGGAAGUUGAAAGUUUUGUCUCCAAAUCGCUGGAGCUGCUACGGGAAGAAAGAGAGGCUGAAUUGGCAGAGACUCGGUUAUUGCAGGAGAAUGCCUCUCUUAAAGAUUUACAACGCAAAGGCAUUUGUCUACUGAAGCUGCAUGUAGCCAGUGAAAGGACCAGCUUGUACGGGCGCCUCCUUGUAGUCUUUGAACCGCGAAAGCAUGUGGCCAGUUCCACCUUGCCAAGCAACAGCUUCAGUCCUGGAGACAUCGUGGGCGUGUACGACACGGCUGGAAUCAGCGCGUCCUCGCAGCUGGGCACGGGGGUGGUGACACGCGUGACCCAGUCGGCUGUAUCUGUGGCGUUUGACGAAUCUCAUGAUGGCCUUGGUUUGGAUGGCGAGGCGCUUUAUAAUCUCCUGAAACUAGCCAAUGAUGUUACCUACAAGCGCUUGAAAAAUGCCCUGACUGCCCUCAACAACUACCGUGGUGGUGUAGCUUCCAGUCUCAUAAAUGUAUUUUUUGGCCUUUCUCAGCCAGGCACCCCUCUACAGUCAAGCGAUGUGGAGUUCUUCAACCCUGAUUUGGACGAGUCCCAGAGGGAAGCUGUGUUCUUCGCUCUGUCCCAGCGGGAAGUUGCCAUCAUCCACGGGCCCCCUGGAACAGGGAAGACCACCACCGUGGUGGAGAUUAUCCUGCAAGCUGUUCGACGUGGGCUGAAGGUGCUCUGCUGUGCUCCAUCUAAUGUGGCUGUUGACAACCUGCUGGAGAGGCUGGUAGGGGGCAAGGCCCGGGUGCUACGUCUGGGCCACCCUGCACGCUUGCUGGAGGCAGCACACAGGCACUCCCUGGAGGCUGCCCUGGCUCAUGGCGAUGGCGCCUCCAUCGUCGCCGACAUCCGCAGCGACAUCGACAAGGCCUUGGCGAAGAUGAAGAGGGUGCGUGACAAAGGCGAGCGGAGCCAGCUUCGGGCGGAGGUGCGGGAGCUACGGAGGGAACUGGCGGGCAGGGAGGGGGCGGCCAUGAGGCAGGCUCUCAGUGGCGCUGAUGUGAUGCUGGCCACUAACACGGGGGCCAGCGACGACGGGCCACUGAAGGUCCUGCCCGCUGAACACUUUGACCUGCUGGUGAUCGACGAAUGCGGCCAGGCGCUGGAGAGCAGCUGCUGGAUUCCCCUGCUCAGGGCCCGUCGCUGCAUCUUGGCCGGAGACCACCAGCAACUCCCGCCUGUGGUCAAGUCACCCGAGGCGGCUUCCAAGGGCCUGGGCUUGAGCCUGAUGGAGAGACUCAUCCAGACGCUGGGCGACGGUGUGGUGCGAAUGCUGACCAUGCAGUACCGCAUGAACGGCAGCAUCAUGCGCUGGGCCUCCGAGCAGAUGUACCAGGGCAGGCUCUCGGCUCACAGCUCCGUGGAGGGGCACCUGCUGAGAGAUCUGGCGGGAGUGUCCAGCGUGGAGGAGACGGACACUCCACUCUUCCUGAUCGACACGGCGGGCUGCGGCCUCUGUGAGAUGGAGGCCGCAGAUGAGCAGUCCCGAGGCAAUGAAGGUGAAGCAGACGUGGUGGCGAUGCACGUGGAAGCACUGACCAAGGCAGGAGUGAAGGCCAGGGACAUAGCCGUCAUUGCACCUUAUAACCUGCAGGUGGAACUCCUUAGGCAGAGACUCUCCCAGAAGCAUCCUGAGCUGGAGAUCAAGUCUGUUGAUGGCUUCCAGGGGAGGGAGAAGGAGGCUGUGGUGCUUUCAUUGGUCAGAUCUAACAGAAAAGGAGAAGUGGGUUUCCUGGCUGAGGACAGGAGGGUCAAUGUGGCAGUGACCCGCGCUCGGCGCCACCUGGCGGUGGUUUGCGAUUCACAGACAGUGCGGCACCAUGGCUUCCUACGCUCGCUGGUGGACUACUUAACGGAGCACGGAGAGGUCCGGACGGCUUUCGAGUACCUGGAGCAUGCCGUGCCGCAGAACUAUAGCCGGGACCAGGAGACUGGUCGGAAUAAGGAGGUCCGGACGCAGGGGAAGAAGAGGGAGACGGAGAGGAGGAAAGUGUCUGAGAAGAGGAGCCCGGCAGUGGAUAGACCACCGGCCUCCUGCCCAGGAAGCGACAGGGUCUCCCAUCCCACCGUGGAGGGGCAGACAAAGAACCGUGAAGAUGAACUUAAAGAGCAGCUCCUGGGGUUCAUGGAGGACCCAGAGAGGAGCCGCCUGGACUUCCCCGCAUCACUAAGUGGCCAUGAUCGCCUGCUGGUGCACCAGAUUGCAGAGGAGCUGGGCCUGAGCCACAAGAGUGCAGGCACAGGCAGGGAGCGACGUAUCACUGUCACCCGGGUGACCCGCAAGGAGAAGGAGGAGACUCCAGUGGAGGUCACACCCCCGGAACCACCGCAGGCUGACGCCGAGGAGCAUCUUCAGGAGGAGACCCGGGCGGCCAACCAGGUAGACCUGAAGACCCUGCACCUGGAGCGCAUGAAGCGAGAGCAGGCCAAGAGGGAGGAGAAGGCCAAGCAGCGGAAGGAUCCAGAAGCAGCAACUCAGAGUAAAACCUGUAAAAAGGCCAAGCAUGCAAACAAAGGAAAGAGCAGCAUCAAAACAGUGGUGCCCCCCCACGAGGACGACUUCGACACGCUCAUCGACGCUGUGGUGAAAGCUGAGAGCGUCUGUAGCUUUGUGAAGUGUAAAGCCAACGUGCAAACCCUGGGCCAGCUCUGCCCCUUCUGCAACAGGCGCUACUGCCUGAGUCAUCACAUCCCAGAGGUGCAUGGCUGCGGGGGCCAGGCCAAGGCUGAGACCCGGAGGAGAAUAAGCAGAGAAGGGGUUCUGUAUGCGGGCGGGGGUCCAAAGGACAAAUCCAUGGACCCCAGCAAAAAGGCCUACCUCCAGAGAAAACUGGACUCCAAGCUUAAAGACCUCGCAAACCAACGGAAAACCAAGCCAAGAGAAAAGGAGCAAUGAAUUAUUUAUUCUAAAUGAUGUGAAAUUGUGAAAAUAAAGCUUGUUGAUCAAGUAAUAAAAAUAAUCUUAAAUAAAUAUAUCUACUAUACAGA